AUGGGAAUAUUUGAACAAAAAAUUAAUUUUAAUAGCAUACCAGUGUAUAAAGUAAGGAGAUGGAUAUCUUCAAAAACUGAAAAAAUUCUUGGAAAAGAAGACGAGAUAUUUAUAGAUUAUUGUAUUAACCAACUUAAAUAUAAGAUCAGAAAGUCUGCAGCAGAAGAAGAAUUACAAAUAUCGCCAAAUGAGCUUGUUAAAAAUAUCGAAGGAUUUCUAGGUGAAAAAGCAACUGAAUUUGUAACUGAGCUGUGGGAUUACAUAUUAAGGUCUGAAAAUAACAAUGAAAAUUCUUCUCAAAUUCAAUCGAGUAAAAACCAUAAUUCAAAAAAAAAUAUGAAUUUAAAAAGAAAUUUUAAACAUUCCAAUGAUUUAUAUAAUGAUGAAUAUAAUUUUAUUAGGCAAAGAUCAAAAAAUAAUGAAAGAGCUAUAUAUACUCGCAUUUAUAGAAGGAAUGCAAACUAUACAUAUAAUAGGUAUAAUCCAGAAGAAAGUUCAAGAUUAUUUCCAACAAUAGCUCCAAGACGUUCAAAAGAAAACAAAAGAGUCAGAUCUCUUAGCAGAUCGUUAUCUCCAGAAUCGUAUGAAUCAUAUGGUAUCAAAGAGUAUAAAUAUGAGAAAACCCCAACAGCGGAGGAAAAUUUUAGUAUUGAUAAAAUAAAUCAUUUAGAAAAAAAUAUUGACAAAAUCAGAGAAACAAACGAAAGGAUAUCAGAUAUAAGGAAACGCAAAACUUUUGAAAUCGAAAAAACUUUUUCUUCCAAUACGAGUUCAUUGGACAAUCGGGAGCUUGAGUCCCCAAUUCUAACAAAUAAUAAAAUUGAAGAACAUCAUUUGAGAAUGAAAGCAUUAGAAGUGCUUAAACGAAAAAGUGAAGUUAAAAAUUGUAGAUCAGAAUCCGAAGAAAUUCUUAGAGCUCGUGCUAUUGAAAAAUUUAUAAAAAAGAAACCAAUUAAAACAAAUUAA